AUCAUAUAUGUAUAUAAAUGUGUAUAUAUAUGUACCUACCACUACUAUACAAGCCAAUCAAACAAAGAAAACCACCAAUUAAAACAAUUUGAGUUUGAGAGAGUUGAAGAUCAAUGGCUUCUUCAACUAAGCUUUUCUCUCUCACUCUUCUCUUUCUAGGCAUCAUCACACUAUGCAAUGCUCAAAGCCUAUCUCUCAAAUACUACAGCAAGACAUGCCCAAAGGUUGAAUCCAUCGUCAAGAAAGAAACUGAUAAAAUUAUGGCCGUUGCGCCAACUCUUGCAGCUCCUCUCCUCAGGAUGCAUUUCCACGACUGCUUUGUUAGGGGUUGUGAUGGUUCCGUGCUUAUAAACUCAACAACAACCAAUCAAGCUGAGAAAGAUGGAUUCCCCAAUCUCUCUCUAAGAGGCUAUGGAUCCAUUGAUAGAGUGAAGACUGCAGUGGAGAAGGAAUUCCCCGGCGUAGUUUCUUGCGCGGAUAUUUUGGCUCUCGUUGCCCGUGAUGCUACUUUAGCUCUUAACCCUAAGGCUUUCUGGCCCGUGCCGUUGGGAAGAAGGGAUGGGAGAGUGUCGCUCGCCAACGAGACGUUGGUUAAUCUUCCACCCCCUUUCUUCAACAUCACUCAAUUGAAAGCUGUUUUUGCCUCUAAGAACUUGACCUCAAUGGAUCUUGUUGUCUUGUCAGGAAGCCACACCAUCGGAACCUCCCAUUGCUCGAGCUUCACCAACCGCCUCUACAACUUCACCGGUAGAGGCGACAGCGACCCCUCGUUGGACCCGAACUACGCGGCCCGGCUGAGGACCCGGUGCUCCCCCACCGACCAGACGACGCUGGUGGAGAUGGAUCCCGGCAGCUUCAAGACGUUCGACGAGGACUACUACACCCUCGUCGCCAAGAGGAGAGGCCUCUUCACCUCCGACUCGGCCCUCCUCGCCGACGACGAGACUAGGGCUUACGUCCUCCGCCAAGCAAGAACCAAGGGCUCCACUUUCUUGAACGAUUUCGCCAAAUCCAUGGUGAAAAUGGGCAAGAUCGGCGUGAUCACGGGGAGCCAAGGGGAGGUGAGGAGAAGAUGUGCUUUUGUUAAUUAAUUUAAUUUAAUUUGGUGCAAAAAAAAUGUGCUUUUUAAUUGAUUUAAUUUAAUUUUUUUUAUGUUUUGUAUGCACGAAUGAGUUGCAUUGUCGGAGUGCAUGUGCAAUUCUUGAUUAUUCAAAAUGUUGUAUGGUUUUUUGGGAAUAAUUAUGUUGGGUUGUAGAGCAUGCAUCGUGCUAUAUAUUUUGUGACCGUUGACUAAUGUAAUAAAGAUCUUGGUUUGCACAUUUUCUAAA